AUGCCAAGUGGAACAAAACCGUCUGUGUUGGUCAUAGGCGGUGGACCCGGCGGUGUUUCGGUCGCACGCCAGCUGUUCAAUGUGGCGGAUGUUACUGUCGUCGAUCCAUCACCAUAUUUCGAGGUUCAUUGGGGUUGCUUGCGUGCAGUGGUGGAACCCGCUCUGGCCGACAGGAUGCUGGUGCCUUAUGAGUCAAUCCCGCGGCUGGGGACGUUUGUGAACGGCAAGGUGGCGGAGCUCGGCGAAAAGUCUGCCAAGCUGUCUGACGGAACCGUCCUGGACUUUGACUAUGCCGUCGUUUGCACUGGUUCGGGGUACGGCGACGCCGUGGUGAAAGCCAGGCAGGCGUCGCUGGCGGAGAGGAAGGCUACCAUCCAAGAUGCGUAUGCGCGCAUUGUGGCAGCAAAAAGCGUGUUGAUUGUUGGUGGAGGCCCUGUGGGAGUGGAGCUGGCUGCAGAGAUCCUGACUGACUUCCCCGGACAAAAGACAGUCACCUUGGUCACCAGCCAAGAUACUCUUCUUGCGGGCAAUGCACCUCGAUUGGGAACCAAGGCUAAGCAAUGGCUUGAGUCGAGGGGCUGCAAGCUCAUUCUGGGGGAGCGGGUGAGCAAGGGGCCACCCUUCACACUGGAAAAUAGUGGAGAGACUCUGGCAGCUGAUGUCGUGUUCUGGUGCACUGGCACCAAGAAGACCACCGAGUACAUGGUUGCAAACUUUCAGAAUAUGUUGGACGACUCUGGCCUCGUCAAGGUCGAUGAAUUCCUGCGUGUGGAGGGCAAGGAGCACAUUUUUGCAGUUGGGGAUUGCAACAAUGUGAAGGAGACCAAGCUAGGGUACCUGGCAAUGGCACAAGGAGCAGCUGUUGCAAAGAGCAUUCAGGCCAUCAUCAAGAAAGGCUCUGGCCAGCCCAAAUUGCAGAAAUGGGUCCCUGGCAAGGGAAUUGACCUGAUGGUAGUCACCUUUGGCAGAAAAAUGGCCUACAUGCAAGUAAAAGGAAUUGUUUUUGGAGGUUUUCUGCCAACGAAGCUGAAAUGCAAGGAUGUCUUUGUUGGAAAAACACGAAAGGAUAUUGGAAUGCAAGCCUGA